CGUACCCUUCCCGUCGGAGAGUGGGGAGGAGAGGCUGAAAGAGUCCCAUUCCUCCUCGUCCAACCUGACCAGCUCUGACAAGCUUACCGCCCUUCCAUCGCAAUCCACCCCUCUCCUCGACCGCAUCAGGACAAGCAGCCGCAAUGCCCGUAGAACUGCUGAGGCAUCAAGUUCCCUCACUUCCAUUGACUCCUCUUCCGGAAGCUUGGGGGCGUUGGGGGCCUUGCAUUCCCUUCCUGGAGCCAUACGACAGAGCGAGUCCGACUCCUCGGUUACCAAGGAUACCCCAAGGCAAAGGAAUGAGAGCGAGCGCUCUCUCCCUGCGUCUUUCCCGAAUACCAGACCUGCUGCCGCAGGUCGCUUUGGACACAGCGACUCCGCCGUCACGUCUCCCUCUCUCCGCUCACGCGAGGGUUCCCUCCGUGGACAUGCGUACAGCCAGUCCCCGCCUCCUUCACGUGGCCAUGGCCAAGGGGGGGCAAGGCACCCAACGCACAAUCUCUCCCCUGCAAUGCACGCCCGGGAUACGUUCCCGACACCGUCUUCACGCUCUCCUGCCCAGUCGCGCGCAGCGUCGCCCCUGAGGGUUUUCCACGGCUUUAACUUACAUCGCAAUCAUACCCGCGAUGACCCUUUCAUACCCCCUGAUCCCUUUAGCUCGCAUAUACGUUGGUUCGGAUUUCGCCGCGAGCGUUCCCCAACACGACCCUCUGAACCCCCC